AUGACCACUCUUGUGCCCGCGGCAAAUUACAGAUAUUACAGCAUGUACCCCGUUUUCGUUCCUCCAGCAAACACCACAACGGAGUGUAUUCCGAAGGCUGGAGUGUUCGUGCUCUCGUCCGAGAGAUUAAAUUACACGCAAGCACGAGAUUUCUGUCGAGAUCAGAACGCGUCUCUCGCGCACGUGAUAAGCGAAGAGCGCACGGAAGGUUUGGGCAAGUUCGUGUCGCGCGAUCUUCCCAGUUUCGUGGGUCUCAGCAAUAACGACAAGGAACGAAUCUGGAAGAACGAAUUCGGUGAGCCCCUGUCCUGCUUCGAUUAUCGAGCGUGGGGUGCGGGAGAACCGUCGCAUUCCAAGGGCUGCGUCGGUCUUGCGAAUCCAUCGUCAUCCGCCGCAAGUGACAACCUGCCGUUUUGGAGAACCGUGCCCUGUUACACAUCACUGCCGUUUAUCUGCGAAAUUUCGCCAUUGUCUCGACGUUCGUCAUCGCGACGACGUCACAGAAAUCGUCAUAGCGCGUACAACGUACUGUGA